CCCUGGAUUCCUUGAUGGCGGUGUGGUGGAAUCGUGGGCUCAACUCAAAGCAGCACUCUCGUUAAAGUCUGACCAGCAGCAGCUAAUCGUGUAGCCCCUGAGCACACGUCAGGUUGAGAGAAGGGCACCGAAAUUCUGAGAAUCGAAGAAGAGCGAGUGGAUAAAGCGCUUUCCUGUCGCUCCUCCUGAGCAAUAUCACAUGAGAGCUCCGCCGUGCCAACUCGCCGCUCCUUUUCUUCACUCCGGCAUUGCGGAGCUGGUGUAUGUGAGGGAUGAUGAUGGACCAGACUCUGGAGGCGCCGCCCCUGCUUCCUGAGGUGGGCUUCCCGCACAUGCUCAGUGCAGACUGUAUGCAACAGAUGAUUCUGGUGCAGGUGAAUCCAGGGGAUGCUUUUACUAUACCCACAGAGGGAGGCCACAUCCAAUACAUUACAGGUCCUGCUCCGAUGCCUAUGCUCUCCCACAAUGGCUCAGUGGGCCCGAUCUACCUGCCUCCAGGCUACAUGCCUCCGGUGAUGGAGGAGAAUGGCAUGCGCAAGAUGAUGCUGCUGCCCCAUGCGUUGGAGUUCCACCCCUCCCUGCCCCCUCCUCCCCCACACCUGUCCCACUACCCCCCGCCCCACCCCGCACUGUUGCCCCACCCGCACAUCUACCCGCCCGAGAUGCCCCCACACUACAUCCACCACAUGCACUCGCUGCCCAUCUACCCAGAGCAGGGUGAGUGCAGCCAGCAUGGGAACAUGGAGCUGAUGUGCCACAGCAUGGCGAUGCCCUCCCUGAAGGUUCAGGAUCAACUGCACCGGCGUCUGAAGGAUCGCUCCCCGCCGGUCGCUAACGCUAACGCCAACGCCAACCCCAACACUAACGGGGUGCACCUGAGCACCCCUCCGCCGCUGCCCAAAGGGGCGCCCCUCGCCCUGCACAACGGCCACGGCAAGCCCCCCGCGCCCUCCCCACGCCCCUCCCGACACAGCAAACCCUCUGGCCGGACCAGAGCCUCACCACCCUCAGAUACCGAAAGCACAGAUGUCGAGGCAGAAAAACACAAAGCCAAGGAGAUGUUAUCCAAUGUGUGCAAACCCACAGUCAGUGGUUUAACGUGUCGCUCAGCGGUCCUGUCCUGGUGUCCUCCCAUCCCCCUCCCAGCCAGAGAUCCCACUGGCGCAGACAAACACACUCACACGCACACUCACACGCACACACACACCCCUCCUCUGCUCUGCUACGAGCUGGCCUUGUCGCAGAAUGGCACAGAUGGGGACUACAGGCCAGUCUAUCAAGGGAAUGACACUACAUUCACAUUAGGAGACCUCAAGCCAGCUACUCACUACUAUGCCAGGUUGUGUGUGGCUUGUCGCUCCAUCAAGGGCUCUCCAUCAGAGGCAGUGACAUUCAUGACUCUCUGCGCUCCGCCAGACACCCCCCCACCCCCCCGGGUCCUCCUCCGCACCAAGAGCUCUGUGGGGCUGCAGUGGAAGGCCCCCAACGACAAUGGCGCAAAAAUCACUGCCUAUCUGUUGGAAUGCUGUGAGGGGAAGCAGAGCUCUUUUAAGGAGGUGUACUGCGGCCCCUCCAAGCAGUACAAGGUGGUCCGGCUCGCCCCGGCCACCAGAUACGGCUUCAGGGUCGCCGCCAAGAACAUGACGGGGGUCAGCGGCUUCAGCGAGGUUCUGUCCUGCUGCACGGUGGGCUGUGUCCCCCCCGCCCCGUCGGCGCCGGGCCUGAGCGCCGUGGGCGUGCGCUGGGUCAGCCUGCACUGGAGCGCCCCCUGUGGGCUGGGGGGCAGAGACCCGCUCACCUACACACUCGAGAUGGAGCAGCCAGAGGGGUUUCAGCCCAGAUAUACUGGAGAGGAGAUGUGCUGUACGGUUAACAGCCUGGAGAGGAGCACAUCCUACAGGUUUAGGUUGUUAGCUGCCAAUGUUGAUGGUUGUAGUCAGCCCAGUGCAGUGGUGGAGUACAGCACUGGUGCAGAGGCCCCCUCCAGACCAGGAACACCACAGAUACACACACCGCCCCAGCCACACAGAAUACACACCAUCUGGGACGCCCCAGAGGAUGAUGGAGGAUCUCCCGUAAUCCUCUAUAUUUUGGAACUCAGUCAUACAGAUGAUCAGUGGGAGGUGGUAUACACUGGACCUCAGCAGGAGCAUGCAUGUGAUGGUUUGGAGCCAGGAACUUGGUAUAAACUCAGAGUGUACUGCCAGAACCAAGGAGGACAGAGCCAGGUGUCUGAGAGCCUGUCAGUGCAGACUGCCCCAGUGCAUCCUGGGCCAUGCCGAGCUUUGUGUGUGUCUGGAGACGCAUCACCCUCAGAGAUCACACUCAGCUGGGAGGCUCCAGAGUGUGUUAGCGGUUUGGAUGUGUGUGCGUAUGCUGUGGAGAUGGCCGACUCUGUGGACGCAGCACACGUGCACGUGUACGAGGGCGCUGAUCGGAGCUGCGUCGUCAGAUCACUGCUACCCGCCACACGCUACUGUUUCUGGGCCAGAGCUGCCAACCAGGCAGGGUGGGGGCCCUGGUCGGACAUGUUGGAGGCCUCCACGGCUGCUGGACCCCCACAGCCAUGUGGCCCCCCAGUCCUGACCGUCAGGAGCCCCACGUGCGUCACCGUCAGCUGGGAGGUACCGCCGUGUAAUGGGGCGAAGGUGUGUGAGUUUCGGCUGGAGUGGGGAUUGCAGGGCGGGUCUCUUCAGGUGACCUACCACGGCCCCUUGGCCUGCUGGGAGAUGACGGAGCUGACCCCGGCUACAGAGUACUGCUGCAGGGUGCAGGCUGUCAGUGAGGCUGGGGAAGGGCCCUUUGGGGACAUCACCACGGUAACGACUCCCCCCUCAGUGCCAGCAACAGUGGAGUGUGUCGAGGAGGUCUCUGCUGAGUCUGUGAGUGACAGCACAGCUGGCGCUUCCCCCUCACGGCUCGCUCUGAGGUGGAAGGAGCCCUGUUACCAUGGUGCGGAGAUCACAGGAUACAACAUUGAUUUGGGAGAACAGCUCCCCCUCUCUGUGGGGAGGACCAAUCACCACAUGCUGGAGAACCUGCAGCCUAAUACCACAUACAGGGUCAGAGUUCGGGCUCUGAACAGCAUCGGAGCUGGAUCUUACAGCUGCCCACUGAGGGUGCGUACACCCCCCCUGCCACCUGACCCCCCCUCGCUGGAGUGCACCGUCUGCAGCCCCCACACUCUGAAGCUCCGCUGGGGAGAGGGCCCCACGCGCACCCCCACACCCAGGGGUACACACUACUGCCUGCACAUGCAGACCGGAGGGGACAGGUUGGUGUGUGUAUACAGCGGUUCGAGCCACUCGUUUAAGCUGCAGCGUCUCAGUGAAGCCACCGAGUACCAUUUCAGCAUCCAGGCAGUGAGCUCAGCUGGCCGGGGGCCCCUGUCCCCCCUCUACAGCUUCAGCACCACCCGCUCACCCCCACCUCAGCUGAAAGCUCCAAAGAUUGAGCCAGUCCAGUGGAACAUGUACUGCGUCACCUGGGAGACCAUCCAGCCAAUGAAAGGAGACCCUAUGCUGUACACGCUCCAGCUGAUGCGGGGCAAGGAAGUGGAGCGGCUCUACCGUGGCGCUGCCACUUCUUACACCUGGCAGGGUGUGCCCACGAGCGCCGACUGGCGCGUGCGUGUGUGUGCUGGGCGUCGCAGGCCAGAGGGAGGUGAGCUGUGGGGGCCGUACAGCCCUGGCACAGCCCUGCCUGCCCUCCCCGAUGCCAACCGGGACGCCAAAUCAGUGGCCAAUGCCAGCAGCAGCGGCAGCAGCAGCGGCGGCAGCAGCGGGCAGUGUCACCGAAGGUGGCAGCUCACAGACGAGCACUUUGCCCUGCUGGUGUUGGUGGCGUUUGGCGUUGUGGCGAUCCUUUUUGCCGUGCUCAUUCAGUAUCUGUUCCUGUGUAAGGACUGAGGAGGAGAGAGAACUAGAAGAAGAAGAAAAAGAAGAAGAAGAAGGAGAAGAAGAAAAAGAAGAAGAAACAUAUGUAGAGAGAGAAAGAGAGAGAGAGGGGUGAAGAACAGAACGCAGGAGCAGGUCUCUCAGCACAUUCUCUAACUGGCACACAGUGAGCUCAUUUCAUUUCCCAGUAUAUUAUUAUAAUUAUUUUUAUCAUUAUUAUUAUUAUUAUUAUUAUUAUUAUUAGUAUCACUACUACUACUACUUCAUAUGAGACCAUAUUUAGUUGACAUAAGAAGGUACUUUUUUUAAUUUUAUGCCAUGACCAAUGCAAACUGUGACGAUAGAUGUUUAGACUUAACGUCUUACCCAUCUGUAUGCCCAAGAGAGAAGCUUCGGCCAGUGUGUCUGUGUCUGUGUGUGAGAAGCCAGUGGGGCUGUAUCCCCUGAGCAGCUCUACAUGAUGUGGCUCAUGAUUUCUAGAUGUUUCUGUAUGUCCACGGCAAAUGGCUAAACUGGACAAGGCUAUAGUCAUUCUGUUAGCUUUGGCACCCACAUUCAUUUAAUCUCCUUGAAUGCUAACGCUACGUAGAAACAAUUUUAUACUUUUUUAAAAUACUACUCAUACACUGAUGUGUCUUCGGGAGGUCCUGCGAUGUCCUUCAUUGAAGCCUGGGAAAAAAUGUGGGCUGUUCCACAGGAUAUAUGUCAGGAACCGUGAUUCAUCUUGUUCUCUUUAAACUGUUAUGACAGCAGUUCAAAGCGAGAUGGUGCCAAAGCUUUCAUAAAUAUGCUCAACGUGCUGUUUUUGCGAACUCUCCCCCCGUAAAGGUGGGCAGAGAGUGUCAUACUUUUACAGAUUAUUUUAUCUAGCAGGUAUAUUUUAACAUCAGCCACGCCAAGAGAAACACAAGUACGUAUUCUCUGAUGUUGGGAGAGUUUAAUAUGUUUGGUUCUGCUAUCAUACACGUACACAUAUACAUACAUUCUAGUUAUGUUUUAUGUACACCUAGAUAAAGCAGUACUCUCAAGAUAUAUGAAGUAUGCAUUUGUUAUAAAUGUAUUUCUAUUUGGCUCAAACUGAGCGCCAUAGUCUUUUCCUGGCUUUAGUCGACCGUUGAUACGUAUGUAUGUGUGGUGUUGGGAGUUUUAUUGUGAGACAGUAAGCUGCUUAAGUUGAACUUACAAAUCUUUAACCAGGACUAAUUUACCUAAUGUUGCCAUGAACCCUUAUUAAGUCUGGUAGUGGUUGUGGUGACAGGUUGUACAACUGUGUUAUGAAAUUAUGUAAAUGUCAGCUGAGCAAUUCAAGCUACCUAAUUUGGCUAAAUACUAAUGUAUUUCAAUCUGCCAAACAAAUUUAAUUCUGAGUUUCUAUGCCAUUGUUGCUCUGUCAUGCAUGGUGUCUGGCUUCAGUAUGAACCAGAGGGCAGUGGGAAUGGCGCUUUAACAGUUCAGAGGUCACGGUCAGGGCCAAAUCCAAGCCCGGGAAAUGGAACAUUAAUUUCUGAGCUUUAUCUCUGGGAUUUGGAGGGAGGCCUAGUAUUCACAUUGUAGCACGUACAUACAUUUGGCAAAGUCCAUAUUUUCCCAGGGAGGUUUUUAUUUUUUUUUUACUUUUAAAAGAAACAUGGUGCCUUUUGAACUUGUUGUGAUCUUCCUCCCUCGUUUGCUGGCGUCAAAACAAAAAACAGAGAUAUAUCUGGCUCUACCAUGUCCCCACCUUCCGUUCCCCCUUUGAGGAUUCUAUUCCAGAAUCCAAAAUCAUAGUAUCUCCCAUGGAAUAAUUAAGUAUGUUUGUUUAUUACUUACUAAGACAAACAUCUGGGAAACAGCCACUAAUCUGGCUUGUGUGAACUGUCCAUGACCUCUGCUUCUGUUUCUCUGUGUAGUCCUGAUGAGCGCUAUGCUCUGUAGUCCUUUUGGUACACCCUUAAAUAGGGUUCCUGUCAGCCAUGUUGUCAUUGUGGGAAACUUUGAAUGCUGCACAGUGACCUCAACAAUCGGACGUGCCUGAACACCAAAAACACCUCUUGUACAAAAUUACAAAAUGGGUUUUAACUGAAAGCCACUCAAGAUAGAAGGGACCGUUAUCUUGUGUCCUGGUCGAAUUAAAACUAUGGUCCAGCACAUUUGAUUCCCAUCUGUGGCAUAUAGCUCUGCACUGUUGAUUUGGAAAUCUUAGAGGAGACAUUUAUGCUGCCCUCACUCACCUGCCUUUCAAAUGGUUAUAUACUGUUUUAUUUCAAACUUGCCUUUUUUCAUAGGUGUAGCACUCUCCCUUAUUCGAGAGAUGUGUUUCCAGUGGUAACACAACUUGUUGGAAUUACUUUCAGAGAUAAAUAACAUCUCGUUAACCUGCUGCUUACUCCAUAUCUUUAAACAUUUGAUUUAUGCGCAGCAGAUGUUUGAUAGAUGAUACAAAAUCCCUGUUCCCACAUAUACUGUGAAUGACUGUUAUGAUCCAAAUUCAAAACUUGAGUUAACAAAACAUGUGGCAUGGCACACCUCUCAAGUACAACAAAAGGUAAUAACGUCUCUUAAAACUGCCAUAGCUUGAUAUAUCUGGCAAAAUGCUUGACCGGAGUCGUUGACUAAAAUGACACCACUAUUUGCUCCAUUUCUAGUGACGUUGUCAGGGACUUUAUUACCUUUUGUCAGACAUAAACAACACUGUUCAUGAGGAUUCUCUGUGUGUCCAAAUGUAAUGACACUGGCUCAACUACAGGCUAACAAGUCAAGUACCGCCCGGGAACUCUCCUGGGAUCUCAUGUGGGGUGAUGGGGCAGUGUCACACCAUCAUGCUAUAACUCUUACCUUAUCUGUAUUGCCCAACAAGAAGCUGAGCGACCCUUUACGAAAACUUGAGUCAAGCUUACGCUUACUGUUUUUCAAGGACAACAGCCAUACCACAUUGCAAUCAGUUUGAAAUGUAUGUGUCUCAUACCCCUCUCUAAGCUUACCAACGAUUAUUGCUGCUAAUACUCCCUCUGCUGCUCUUGUUACCUGUAUCAGUUUAGUGAGAGAAAAAAAAAUACAUUUUAACAGAUUUAUAUGAAAUUAUUAUUAUUAUUAUUUUUCCUUAGCGGUAAAUGACUCGUGACGUAUGUAGGGUUAUCACCUUUAGACCCUCUUCCUCCUUGACUGAAGUUUGUUUGGUCUUUUUUUACGAAGCUGCUGGAGCUCUUGUUUGUAUGUGUGUUUGCUUGUUUCCAUUCAACCUCAAAUUGGCUUCGGUUUGAAAGUGGGGGUUUUCUCAGGCCGAUAAGUUCAUGAAAUCACUUUAUAGCGGUAUUCUGCAUUGGAUCAUUGGAAAACAAACUCAUUCAUCGGUCCUGUGGUCUCAUGGUUUCAACCAAGGUUCUGUCUGACCACCGAAUCGAACUGCACUAUUGCGCUCAAUGGCUUGUGUCCACUGAUCUUGAGUAAAACAUUCUCUAUGUUUCUGACAGAUAGUCCUUGUCUGAUUGAACCUUUGCUCACAUAUACAAAUUAUUGUAUACUUUUCAUGUCUUUUUCAAAUUAUUAUUUUAUCAAAAGGGUUGAGCUCGGCACAAAAAAGGGCUUUCACUGAAUCAUGGGAAUUUCUCCAAUGAAAAGGAGAGAAAGGCAAAAGAAUCUUCACACAUACCCUCUCAUCCCACGUGCCAGUAUUUACAGACCACACAAACUGAGUUUUACAGCAUAUUCUCUUUAUUUUGAUACUGAAAUGUAUUUUUUAUUUUAAAUACAAAUGUAAUACAUUCCAAAAAAUAUUUAUCUACAUCAUUGCUCAUUAUUUCUAGUACAGAUCUCACUGUUUAUGUUAUCUGUUUUGUUCUAUUGCUAAACACAAGAAAAAGAUAAACUGCCAUGUAUUAUUGUCAUAACUAAAUUGUAACAAUCAUAGAUAAUAUAUUUAAUAUGGCAAAUAAAUUAUAGUCCUUAU